UUUAUCGUGUCGUCGACAGCCCACUUUCGCGGAACGUGAUGCCUUUGCUGUCUUCUGUCUGCCUCCUGCUGUUGUCUGUUGUUGUCUUCCUCCACCACUGUCACAUUGUCACAUUCACAUCGCACGCUCUCCAACCAAUCGUCUUCAACUUCCCUGUUACCCAUCGCCAUUGAAGCUCGCGACAAUGUCUGAUGAGGAGCAGAAGCGAGCGAUUGCAGCGGUUGGAACCGCUGUGGUUGAAUUGCUGCAGGCCAGCGUGUAUGCCAUCUUGGCCACCCGAGGCGUGUAUCCGGCACACCUGUUUGAGAAGAGGCUGGUGUUUGGGGUGCCCACCUACUGGCCAAGGGCAGAGGCACUGGAAGACUAUGUUCGCAAUGGCGUCACAUUUGUUCAAUCAGUGCUUCAACAGGGCAAGCUGUUCAACUUCUUUGUCACAAUUUUGAACAAGGGUGGAGACCCAGUGGAGCGGUUCAUAUUCGACAUUGACGCCGCAUCGCCGGAUGGGAAGCAUAUGGUGGCUGUGGAUGUGCUGGAGCGACAGUUCCGCAGUGUGCUGGUGAAGCUGAGCAUGUGCGAUGCCCUCCUCUCCGACAAAGGCGACGGGCUGCAGUUUGCGCUGUACGCCACUACCGAUUGCGAAACGGAGGCUGUGGCUGCGCGACAUGAGACAAACCCCUGGAUUGUCGCAGAUCAGCAAGACUGUGGCCCACACACGCACCAACCAGCCGUGUUACGUAACACCACCACCAGUACCACUGAUGUGGUUGAGAUUGAUGACGAUGACGAUGAUGACGAGGUAGAAAACGGUAAUGGAACUCGCGGUAGCAGCGGCGAUGGCGGCGAUGUUGGGGGUGACCACAUGAGGUCUGCCAGGGGUCAACUGGCAGCGAAGAAGGAGCAAAAUGAGAAGAAGAAGGAAGCGCAGCAACAACAGCAACAGCAGCAACAGCAACACCAACAACGGCAACACCCGCGCAUGCAAGUCUUGAAACGCGUUGCUGCACACCCACUGUCCAUCCUCGUGUAUGCAGAGGAAGUGUGACACACUUCAUUCAUGUUGCGCUGCAUAGGAAGUGGGCACCAACAAGCGUACACGUGUGUGUGUGUGUGUGUGUGUGUG